AUGCCCAUUCCACAAAAACAAUUCUACGUAUGCUUACUUGUAACAACAGUGGCAAGUUUUGUAGUUAUUCGUCGUUGUCUGCAACAAAAGAAGAAAAAACUCGAGAAAGAACAAAAGGAAGCCUACUUAAAAUGUAAAACAUUAUUUGAGUUUGAAGCAUUAGCUAAACAAUUGAUGAAACCUCACCGUUUCUAUUACUAUGAUUAUAAAGCUGGUCAAGGACAUACAUUUCAAGCAUCCAGAGAUUAUUACAAUAAACAAUUAAAAAUUAUCCCACGAGUGUUAAUGCAUGUUACUAAUGUUUCGAUAAAAACAACUAUUUUUGGAUCUACAUAUGAAUCGCCCAUUAUAAUAGCACCUUCGGCUUUUCAUUGUCUUGCUCACAAUGACGGUGAAGUAGCAACAGCUCGUGGUGCGACUGAAGCUGAUUGCAUUUAUACUUAUAAUUGGUUGUAUUCAAAUAUGCCAGAACAAGAAGUUUUAAAAAGUGCAGGCCCAAAAUUUUUACACGUUUAUUUAACAACGCCAUCAGAAUUUUUAGAAAAAAUCGUGUCAGAAGCUGAGAUAAAAGGAUAUCGAGCCAUUGUGGCUACAUGUGAUCAUCCAACGGAUCGUGUUCGAAAGACUGUUGUACCAAUAUUUGAUGAAGCAUCAAAAACUGUCGAUCACGACUUAACAAAAUGUAUGUGCAUGCCUAACAUGAAUUUAAAUGAUGUUAUUAACAAGCCAACUAGCGGUGUGAGCGGUUCGGUAACCUGGGCACAUAUUGAUUUAAUAAAAAAGUUAACACAAUUACCAAUUAUUUGCAAAGGAAUACUUUCACCAAUUGAUGCACAAUUAGCAAUUAAACACGGAGCCAACGGAAUUGUUGUUAGUAAUCAUGGUGGACGGCAAGUUGACACAGCACCUCCAGCUAUUGAAUGUUUGGAAGAUAUUGUUAAUGUUGUUAAUGGACGUGUAGAAGUAUUUGUUGAUACGGGUAUUCGUAGUGGAACAGACGUGCUAAAAGCAUUAGCAUUAGGUGCACGAGCUGUUUUUAUUGGUCGGCCUGUUUUAUUUGGAUUAGCUUGUGGUGGAUCUGAUGGAGUUAAAACAGUAUUAAAUAUGUUGAAGCAGGAAUUAACCGAUGACAUGGCUUGCUGUGGAGUAACAUCAAUUGAUCAAAUUAAUAAAGAUAUUCUUUAUAAACACACGUAA